AUGUCUCCCAAAAUCAAGGCCGGCUCGGUGGUGGAGAUGCAGGGAGACGAGAUGACGCGAGUCAUCUGGGAGCUCAUCAAGGAGAAGCUCAUCUUCCCGUACCUGGAGCUCGACCUGCACAGCUACGACCUCGGGAUGGAGAACCGCGACGCCACCGACGACCGGGUGACGGUGGAGGCGGCGGAGGCGGUGCAGCGCUACAACGUGGGCGUCAAGUGCGCCACCAUCACGCCGGACGAGAAGCGCGUGGAGGAGUUCAAGCUCAAGCAGAUGUGGCGCUCGCCCAACGGGACCAUCCGGAACAUCCUGGGCGGCACGGUGUUCCGCGAGGCCAUCAUCUGCAAGAACAUCCCCCGCCUGGUGCCCGGCUGGGUCAAGCCCAUCAUCAUCGGCAGACACGCCCACGGGGACCAGUACAAAGCCACAGACUUCGUGGUUCCCGGACCUGGGAAGGUGGAGAUGACCUACACGCCCACGACCGGAGAGCCCGUCAAGUUCCUGGUCCACGACUUCCAGGGCUCGGGCGGCGUGGCUCUGGGAAUGUACAACACGGAUAAAUCCAUCCAGGACUUCGCCCACAGCUCCUUCCAGAUGGCGCUGAGCAAAGCCUGGCCGCUGUACCUCAGCACCAAGAACACCAUCCUGAAGAAGUACGACGGCCGCUUCAAGGACAUCUUCCAGGACAUCUACGAGCGGGAGUAUCGCUCUCAGUUCGAGGCCAAAGGCAUCUGGUACGAGCACCGGCUGAUCGACGACAUGGUGGCCCAGGCCAUGAAGUCCGAGGGAGGCUUCGUCUGGGCCUGCAAGAACUACGACGGAGACGUGCAGUCCGACUCGGUGGCUCAGGGGUACGGGUCUCUGGGGAUGAUGGCCAGCGUGCUGGUCUGUCCUGACGGACGCACAGUGGAGUCGGAGGCGGCGCACGGCACGGUGACGCGCCACUACAGGCAGCACCAGCAGGGGAAGGAGACCUCCACCAACCCCAUCGCCUCCAUCUUCGCCUGGACGCGGGGGCUCCUCCACCGGGCCAAGCUGGACGGCAACGCCGAGCUGCGGGCCUUCGCCGAGGCGCUGGAGGCCGUCUGCAUCGAGACCAUCGAGGCCGGCUUCAUGACCAAGGACCUGGCCAUCUGCAUCAAGGGCAUGAGCAGCGUGACUCGAGCUGAUUACCUGAACACCUUCGAGUUUCUGGACAAGCUGGCAGAGAAUCUGAAGGCCAAGCUGGCGAGCCAACCCAAACUGUGACGGCCUGACUGACGCAGCAGCUGCACACACACACACACAGACACACACAGAGACACACACACACACACACACACACACACACACACACACACACACACACACGCGCGCGCGCGCGCGCGCGCACACACAACAAUGAACGCACACACUCGCUCCAUAAACUCAUGCUCACACAGACAUCUGCACAAUGUGGAGGAAGUGGACCCCGCAGGACUCGUUGGGACUCGGCAGGACUCGUUGGGACCCUGCAGGACUCGUUGGGACCCUGCAGGACUCGUUGGGACUCGGCAGGACUCGUUGGGACCCUGCAGGACUCGUUGGGACCCCGCAGGACUCGUUGGGACUCGGCAGGACUCGUUGGGACCCUGCAGGACUCGUUGGGACCCGGUCGGACUCGGUACACUCGUUGGACUCGCCGUCGCCCCCUGGCUGCGAUGAACGCCUCGUCCAGAGGACUGAGGGUGUGUUCUGCCACCGGAGGAGCCUGGAAACCUUCACUGCCUUAAUCUGUGUCGAUCCCUCAGUUCAGCUCAUGAAGCCCGCCGGGCGUCGGAACACUAGGAAGCUUCACACCUCGACUCUGAAACCUCAGAACGGAGAGAACACGGCGCUUUCUCUCUCACUGGAAACAGACAAUGUUUAACGCAUCAACUGACGGGAUUAAAUAAUACUUGUCUUUUAGUUUAGCACUGUGAUGUGCUCGUCCGCUGUAUUUAUUUGUAGUCUCUUUAUGUGUGUGUGUGUGUGUGUGUGUGUGUGUUUACAUUAACAUCAUGUACGUUCGAUCACGUCCUGCCAAAAGUGAAGCCAUCUGACUGUUGGUUUAUAAUCUGGAUUGUGUUUGUUCAUUCCUGAAUUUGAUCACUUGGAAUAAAAAACCUUUUGAUUGACUGAG